GUUGCUGUCGCUAUUGGUUAGUCCUUAAAAAACAUCAACCAUGGAAAAGGUUGUUAAAUUUGGUAAAACAAUACGUAAUAACUGGAAAAAAUCAGUAUUGGGUGUCGUUGCGCUUUACUACGGUGUUUCUAAAGCAAAAGAAAAAUACGAAAUAAACAUUUUGAUGCGCGCAGCGUGUAAAGAAGCAGCUAAGUAUGGAGAUUCCCUGAUACCCAUGGACAGAAAUCCCACUCUAGUGACAGUCAUAUUAAACCCAGUAGCAAACAAAAGGAAAGCCAAAAAAGACUUUGAGAAGUACUGUGAGCCACUUCUUCAUUUGGCAGGUUUACAAGUAGAUAUUGUUCAGACAGCGUCAGAGGGAAAUGCUAAGGAAAUUGCCGAGAGUCUCCGCGGCACUGAGGCUAUCAUAGUAGCUGGAGGUGAUGGUACUUUGUCAGAAACUGUCACUGGUCUGCUCAGAAGAAAUGAUGGUGCAAAUCAGUUUCCACUUGGAGUCCUACCCCUUGGCCGCACUAACACCUUUGGAAACUCAAUGUUCCCAGAAGGUAAUGGAGUUGAGAAAGUCAAACAGCUCAUUGAUGCGUGUAUGGCCAUUAUAGAAGGCGAUACUGUCUGGAAAGAUGCUAUGAAAAUUGAACCAAUUCCUAAAGAAGAUGAGGAGCCCAGUAGGCCUAUUUACGCAUUGUCCUGUUUGGAAUGGGGGGCUUUUAGAGACACAUUAGCCAAAAAAGAUAAAUACUGGUUCUGUGGUUCACUUAGAGAAUAUGCUUCUUUUCUAUUCAAUGGCUACAAAGAAUCAAUAACUUGGAACUGCAGUGGUGUCAUCAAAUACACACCUCCUUGUGCUGGUUGCAGUAAUUGUGUCCAGAGAAGAACAGAAGUCAAGAGGAAAUGGUUAUUCUUCAUGCCAAGCACAGAAGCAGCGCAAGAACAAAACGAAACCAAAAUUCUGAAUCCAGAAUGUGCUUUGUCAAAAGAGCUAUGUAUAAAGACAUGUGAAUUUAAAAUUGAAACUAAUAAUCUACAAAAUCAGCGGAAUCUGCCAGCAUUGAAUGUUAUGCUUGGGAAAAAUAUGUAUUCCUACACAGAUUUUGUUUCGGAAGGUUGGAGUCGUCUGAAGAAGAAAGCUGCUACACUGGAUGUAAUUCCGGCAAGGACAGUUGAACUUAUUCCUAAUGAAACAGUAAAUGAAGUUAUGAUUGAGAUUGACAAAGAAGAAUUUGAAGUCAAGCCUGUUAAAAUUACAAUAUUACCAAGAAUUGUCAAAUUUUUUUGUAGGACAGAAUUAAAUACUGUUUAAGUG